GCACGGAACUGAGCGGGGUUUACUUUCCGAUUAAAUCUACUCAGGUUAACAUGAGAUUUCCCGUGGAGUGCUUCCGAGCCUAUCUGAAGGAACUUUGCUUUUGCUGCUCCGCAGGCCCCUCCCUCUUCCAACCAGGGGACUCCUCUCCCCCAAUCCGUGAUUUCCCAACGGGAAGACGCUAGGCCGAAGCCUUCGGUGUUACUAUGGCAACCAAGAAACGCUCCGCCGCCGGCGAAGAUUCGCCUCGCUCUGGAGCUGAGGGGCUGUGAUUUGUAAGCUACAUAGUCUGAGAACUCUUACUGAAGAUUCACUGAAGUCUGUGAAGAACGCCAGGGAUCCUGUUAUAUAGAAAUAUUCCAGGGCCAAGCGAAUUUCUUCAAUGGAAAAGAAACCCAUCAAAGGCACACGUAAACGUGGGAAAUCCUCAAAACGUGUGCCUCAAGGGGAGGCUUUCAUAGAAUUAUAUGUCAGUGAGCAGCAUGGAAAACAAACUCGAGCAGCAACUAGUAUUCAGAGAGCCUGGAGAAGAUGGCUCGAUAUUGGUGUGUUUGACUACUAUAAAGAACUAAUAGGCUUUAAACAAUGCGGAGAACCUUCUCAUCUGAUGAGGUUCAUCGAUCCAAGAGAGGCAGAACUUUUAGAUUCUGCAGCAGGGAUUCAUAUCAGAUUCAGACUAGGUGGGCUGAAGUUUCCUCCAAGCAUAUAUUACAAAAUAUUUACCCACAGACCUAUUGUGGAUAUAUGUGCAAACAGUCCCAAAGACUACACAAAGCCUUUAGCCAAAAUGGGGCAAGCAGGAAAACUCCAGAAACAAAUCUGCGAAGACCGUAGAGACUGGUACAAACGCAUAGAGAAUAAUGGCUGGAGACUACUUUCCCUCAGGUUUUGGAAGGCCCUGGACCCUGUAACUGCUAAAGACAACCUCAAAAUAAAGGAUUUCCACUACUGCAAAGUUCAGAAGAAACAAGAAGCAGAAAGAAUAAGAAAAACAAGAAAAAUAGAAUGGCUGAAAAAAAUGUACUUUGGAGAAAGUCUGCAAGUUAAAACUAAGGAUUCAGGUGCAACGAUCUUAAUUCAAAGAGCAGCAGAAGGGUUAAUCGGCACUCUGGAGAAAGAAGGAAUAGAUAAUGUGAUGGAAUGGGAAGUGGAUGAAAUAUUAAAAUGGACAAAUGCACUCAACUAUGAAGAAUAUGUUAAUGGAUGGAGAGAAAUUGGAACAAGCAGGAUGUCCAACAGCUACCAAGGUUUCCGGUUUAGUGAACAACAGAUCAAUCCUUCUGAAUUAUGCAACAUACCAGAGACGAUCCAGAAAAUAGUCGAAUCACAUGUGGAUAAAAAGAAAUAGUCAGCACCAAUAAGCACUCUACCAUUGAAGAGAUACUUCAGUGGCAAAACAUACCUGACAGUUCUACAGCUACUACUAUACUAUCAAGAUAAAGCUUCAGGGGACAAAAACCAACAAAACAAGAGAAUUAUUUAUCUCAUGUGUUGUGCAUUUGCCAGCCUUAUUUGUCCUGGCACAUUAACACACAGUCCAAACAAGUUUUAAGUCAAAUCUUGUUUUAAAAAAAUCUUGUGGUGGUGAAGCACCUUGAAUAA